GUGACUCAGUCGAUUCUGAGAAGUUAAGCCUGGCAGACCUUGACAGGGACAAUAAGGAUUAGUCAACCGUAAUCAUGACUCAGUUAUUUUGCUUACUGCCCAUGAGAAUGGUGUUGUUAUUUCAAAGGGCCUGAGCGAUGGCUAGGAAUCACGUUUUGUUGUUGGGGCUUUUUUUAAAGCUGGUUUUUCUUAUUCACUCGAGUGAACAGUUUGAAGAUCCUUUACAGCAGCAUAUUUUAAGUAAUGAGGAUGGUAACCAUGAAUUGAGUGCAUUGGAAUUUCAAAAAAUCUUAUUUGAAUAUGAUAAGGAUGGAGAUGGAGAACUGUCAGGACAGGAAAUGUCAAAAUACAUUGAGGAUACUUUGGCAACCUUAAAACCAGAAACUGGUGGAAGAGAUUCCAAAGAAAAGCUACAGAGAGGUUCAGUUGGUAAUAGGGGUUCAAAGCAGAAAUCUUCAAAAACAGCACAGACAUGGAGUGUGAAACAGAUUGUUGGGGGUCUGGUAGUAGUCUUUUUUGUGACUGCAGUCUGUGUUGCAUUACUACAAAGGAGGGACCAAACACCUAGCCAGACAGCAGUUGAGGUUGCUGAUGUUCGAGCUGCGCGUUUGCGGAAGCUAGCUGGUGAACAAUCUGACACCAAAACAGAAAACUCACCUCCAGCUUGUGUGAAAGAAACUUCUGCUUUAAACAGACAACCUUCAAUAGAUUCAAACAAGAAGGGCCUUCGAAAAAGAAUUGAAAAUAGUGAGAUAACUGCUACAAACACUGGAGAGGGGAGAGUUCCUGGAACUAACAAACCGAGAGAUGGGUUAAGACUUCUAAGCUCAAAUGCUGUGAGUUCAGAGCCCUCCUCACUUAAUACAGGGAGGUCACUUUCCUCCAUUGAAGUGGAGCCUUCAGUAGUCAGAGCAUUAACGUCAGAGCAUAGUCCAGUAUCCAUCACUGGUUGUAGUCAAGAAGGUACAGCUGAUAGAUUUCAAGUAAAAGACAUAACAGAAGUCAAGAAAGAAAUUUCAACGUCAUUGUCGAAGAGGCCGACAGCACCCAAGCAAGAAAAGAUACAGGACCUGCCAUAUCAAGAUGUUGCAAAGAAAGUGUUGAUGCAAGUUCUGGAGUGUUCUUUUGAAAAUCAAAGUUCCAAAAAGGAUCCACAUAUUCCACAAGUCAAGACUGACACAGACAGAGGUUUGGCAGUUUUGCAAGUUGAAGCAUCUGAACUGCCUGUCAGCUGUGAUGACUCAGGCAAGAAAAUAGAAAAACUUCUCGCUAAAAGGAUUUAUCGGGAAAUGGACCCAAUGAAGUUUGCCAUUCAGUGCUUUGAUCGCUGCUCUCAGCUGCCUGCAAAGAACUUCAAAUUGAUUCAAGAUGGAGAAAAGAUUUGGAAGGAAGUGGCUUCAGCUGUUAUGGAGCCCUGUGUAAAUACUGUUUUGAAGCAUCUUGUCCAUGCUGCUGCAAGUCCUACAGCGGUUGAAGAUGACUUGUGGGCAGAUUUUGUCCAAUCAGGCCAAUCAGAGGGUCCAUCCCAGUAUUUCCUGUCGAGUCUUGGAGGCUGGUCAAGCGAUGGAGUGACAGUUUCUGUAGAACUUCUCAACAGACUGCUGGAAAAAGGCAAAGAGGACCCAGAAGUGAAAGAGACAUUUGUUGAAAUGAUAACAGUCGGAGGGAAGCAAGUCGAAAGAGUGAAAAGGAUAAAUGAGAUCACACUGGAGUGCAAAUGUAUUUUCAGAGGAUUGGAAACCCUCCUUUCUUUGCCUGUUAUGGGUGACUUCCUGGCUGAAGCUCUUGAGAGAGAGCUGGACACUGGAAUAAACGAGCUGGGUGUCUUCUUCCAACACAAAUCGCUGUUCUCGUCCUUCUUGGCAACCUCUACAAUGGAUAUUAAAAUAGACAAGAAGUCGCGUUCCUCCAUUUGUUUUGUCGAGCUGCCUCACUUCCCGCAGGCCUUCCGUAGCGACGUUGAUCAACUUCAAUCUCAAAUCAUGGAUGGCAUUCAUUCUUGCCAGAAUGUUGUUUACAAGGCUCUUGUGAAGCUGCUGAAAACUGAUAAUCGAGACAGCGCAAUAGCAUGGCUGGCCGGGGUUGUCUCACUCAAUGAUCUGAGACUGUCAGCAAACUUGCCUAGAGAUAACUUGAUGAAGGCAACAGUGGCCAACGAUGGUUUUAUGGUGAAUCUUUGCUCAGUGGCUCUUCAGAUGUGUGAUUCGUUCCUCCUGACCAAAGGGAAAGAUAAAUACAAACAAAUUGAAGCACUUUACUGCACCUCCAAAGCUUGCCGUUUAAGAUUCACGAACGAGCGAACGCUGGCCGGUGGACACAUUGGAACAGAGAAUGAGGACAGAACGGAUCUCCGUAGUGUGCUUUUGCCCUCAGGAGACCUUAAGGGUCAGUUCAAACUGAUAACAGAGAUGUUUCACAUCACGCACCGCGCGCUUCAUAUCGGACUCACCACUACCAUUCAACACUACAACAGAAUCAUGAGACAGUACACGAUGUUAUCUGAAAUGAAGGAGGGCAGCUCUUUUGAAGCGGAAACGAAAAAAAUGCUUGUGUUAUUCGUACUUCAAUGGAAUACUUGUCUGGAGGACGACCACUUCAUGAGGCUGUGUUCAGAGUUUUAUAUCACAAGCGCCGCCUGGCUUCUUCAUCUUCUUGACAGCUGUGCUUCUGAGUAUCAGGGUUUGUCUGAAAACGAAAUCAGAGUCAGGCAGCGAGAGAUACUUGUGAAUAUUCCCGAGUUCUACGUCAAAGACAUGUGCUCCUGGUUUAGUUUCGUCGCCGCACAUAAACCUGGCGCUCUUAGGGGGUUGGACAUCUGCAUUUUCGUUGACUGCUGUUGUGCUCUUAUGGAACGGAGAGACAUCAUGCCCGGACCAGUGGCAGCCACGAGAACUGUGACAGCUUUGUUGUCAUUUGCUGAAAUAUGCCAGAGAUCUAAAGGGAAGAACAAACUGUUGGAGACAACUACGUGGGGAAGCGGUAUCGAAGGUGACAUGGUGGCCUGCGUUGCUAUGUGCCCAGCGGUGAGAGAAAAACUCGGUCCAGCUCUUAUUCAUACUUACUCUUCGGUUGACAUCGUGGAGGGCCUGGACGUGGACAAAGAAGAGUUUGACAAAUUUUCUGCCAGGUUUGAAAUUGUCAAGUUAUUAGAAAAGCUAUGGAAGAGACCCGACUGUUUACCUUCGAUUUUACAAGAAUGUGGAACGGAAAGUUUUCAGUCAUUCUUAGGUGCUGUGUUUGACACUCUUCUUUACGUUUUGAAAGAUGGCUUGCUCCGCCUAACAAAUGUUAGGAAACUUCAGUGUGCCAAGCAGUGUGAUGAAAAGUGGAAGGAGUUAAGUGUAGAUCAGCGACAGGAGAAGGAACAUUUUUUGAAAAGCGAAGAGCACGUUUCGAAAUCCUGUAUGCAAAUGGCGAAUGCAACCUUAGCUUUUCUGGAGAAGAUCACAGAAGAAGAGAAAGUGGCUCGCUGCUUCUCCCGUUCUCCAUUAUCACUCAGGGCUGCAGCAGCGAUAAUUGGAUUUUUGGACUCAUUGUGCGGCCGCAAGUGUAUGGAUUUGAAAGUCGAAAACAUGGAUAGGUACUCGUUCGACCCUCGUGACUUACUGGUUAAGAUUUUGACGGUGUUAGUGCGCAUGUCAAAUGCUAGUGAGGAGAGGGAAUUUGUGAAAUGCCUUGCUGCUAACCCAGACUACAGCGGGCUCAGCGUCGAGCGAGCUUUACGUGUUGUUCAGCGCGAGAAUCUCGCUCCAGACUUCGUGGUCGAAGACUUGAGACGAAUUGUACAAGAGGUGAGCUCAUUGUUGGCACGAGAAGAUGAAAAUUUCUCUGUGUGGGAGAUCGAAACAAACACAGACGAGAAUGGACUAGAAGAACCACCCGAGGGGGGUGGGAAUGGACCUUGUGCACCGGAUCCUUGUGACCCAAAACAGGCUGAUCAAGCCUAUAUCGAAACACUUGAAUCAAUCAAGUUUGAAGCAGCCGAGCUGGUGGAUUGUCAUGCCUUCCGGUCCUGUGCUAGUCAGCCCAUGUGUCCCAGGUCUGGUAAAGUGCGGGCUCUUAUGCGUGAAGCAACUCAACUGAAAAACAACUUGCCGAUCCAUCCAAAUUCUUCUAUACUUGUCAGGCAGGAUGAGAACCGUAUGGAUUUUGUCCGUGCUCUUAUCACCGGCACGGUAGAUACGCCUUACAGUCGAGGCUGCUUUGUGUUCGAUAUCUACUUUCCGUCUUCAUAUCCAGUUGACCCACCUUUGGUGAAAAUCAUCACAACUGGUAAUGGUACAGUCAGGUUUAACCCGAAUCUCUACGCAGAUGGAAAGGUUUGUUUAAGUUUGUUGGGAACUUGGCAUGGUGGAGAUGCAAGUGAGAAGUGGGAUCCAAAGAAGUCUUCUCUUUACCAGGUUUUGUUGUCAAUUCAAGGCAUGAUGUUUACUCCUGAUCCGUGUUUUAAUGAACCUGGUUACGAAGGUAUCAAAGGAACCGACGAGGGAGACGCUCUGUGUAAAGAGUACAAUGCAAAAAUCAAACUUCACACAAUACGUCAUGCCAUGGUUGGGCAGCUACGUGAACCAGCACCUGGGUUUGAAGAAGCCAUUCGUACUCACUUCCGUCUUCAGAAAGAGGCUGUUUUGAGGCAGUGUGCUGAUUGGCUCACGCAAUGUGCUGAUGCUGAGGAAGAGAGACGCAUGCGCAAGGCCGUGGAUACGUUAAAAAGCGAACUCGAUAAGCUGUAGAGAAAAGGAGAGGGGAAGAAAAGUGAAUCCAAAUGCUGACCGUGUGAAUCUCUCGGCUUCGCAAGAUACAUAAAACCACGUUUGGUUUAGUUCUUUUUCGGAAAGGAGAACGAACGCGUAACACCUCACAAGUUACCUACUUUUCCAGUGCAGCAUAUUUUAGCUUUAAAUUGUGACUUCCAUGCAAUUUAUUUAUUGUGAUGUCUGAUGUCAAGCGCGGCUAAGGUCGGGUAUCCAUCUCAUUCCCACAAAGAGAGAGAAAGGGUGGAAUAAUAUCCCUUUUUGCUUAAAUUAUUUGAAAUCAGGAACAAAAAUCUGUACUGUCUUUCUGCUUUGUUUGCCUUUAGCUUUGACCGAGGUGUGACCACAUUGUUGUGGCAAGUGAUGAAAAAUAUUUCACUCUAAAAGCGUAGUUAAAAUGGGAUUGUAUUUUAAGGGUAAAAGGUUAUAUUCAUAGUAGAAAUUGAAUAAUUGGCAAUAAAAUACUUUUAGCGGGAAUGAAUUGUUUUCUUGUGUCACUGUAAAUCCUGAGAGGGACGUAUAACAGUCGUUUUAAGUUUGUAAGGAGGAGACGUGAAAGGUAUCGAGAGAUUCUUCAGUGCAUAACUGCAAACAUUAAUUGAAGCUUAAAGCAACCAUGAGAAAUGCCUCCACAGUGGUAUCAUGUUUGCAAAAAUCGUUCUGCCUUGUUUUCCUUUAGCUUUGACCGAGGUGUGACCACAUUGUUGUGGCAAUUGAUGAAAAAUAUUUCACUCUAAAAGCGCAGUUAAAAUGAGAUUGUAUUUUAAGGGUAAAAGGUUAUAUUCAUAAAAGAAAUCGAUUAAUUAACAAUAAAAUAAUUUUAGCGGGAAUAAAUUGUUUUCUUGUGUCACUGUAAAUCCUGAGAGGGUCGUGUAACAGCCGUUUUAAGAUUGUAAGGAGGAGACGUGAAAGGUAACGAGAGA